AUGAAGUCGACAUCAAUGCCCCCUAUGAACGUAAUUGAAAAGAUUUUAUGUCAUCACGCUGUCGGUCUUUCAAAACCAUUCGUUCAAGUUGGUGAUGUCCUUUGUGUAAAAGCCGAUUGGACCAUUGCCAGUGAAUUGACAUUUCAAGCAAUGGAUACAAUGCACGCUGCCAUUGGUCGUCCUCCUCUUCAUCGACCCGAUCGAUUCUGGUUGGCUUUGGACCAUACAGUGGACCCCCGGGUCAACCAUUUACCAAAACAAAAAGCAUUGAUUGAAAUGUCCACUUCAUUUGCCAAAACCCAUGGACUGACGGACUUUCAACCUGCUAAUACUACCAUCAUGCACACGGAAUUUGCUCGUAAACGUGCCCAACCAGGACAAAUUGUCAUUGGUGCAGACAGUCAUACGUGCAGUGCAGGAGGUAUGGGUGCAUUUGCAGCUGGGUUAGGUGCAGGUGAUGUUGUCAUGCCUUUAGUCACGGGUCAAACGUGGUUUAAAGUCCCGGAAGUGUGUUACAUUGAACUGAUCGGUGCCCCUCACUUUGGUAUCGGUGGCAAGGAUGUCAUCCUUCAUAUUCUUGGCGAACUUAAACGGAACACAGUCGCUUUUGAACGGGCAGUAUACUAUGGUGGUUCUGGACUUAAAUACCUUUCAGAUGAUGCUCGAUUUGCAGUUGCAAACAUGAGUACGGAAUUUGGUGGUAUUGCCGGGGUCUUUCAAGCGGAUGCUAUUACUCAACGGACACUUGAAGCACGUGAGUCGCACUUUGAUGAAGCACAGUUCUUUGAACCGGAUGAGGGAUGCAAUUAUGCGGCUCAUUAUGUGAUCAAUUUGGCUGAUGUCAAGCCACUUAUUGCUCUCUAUCCGUCACCGGACAACUGUGUUAGUGUCCAGGAGAAACUCGGGAUGAAGCUCGAUGGAUGCUUCAUUGGUGCCUGUACGACGACUCAGGAGGAUUUGAUCCUAGGAGCAAUGGUGUUGCAACAGGCGAUGAUGGAGGGCAAACGUCCAUCAACAAACGGCAAUCGUCGUGUCACCCCCGGCAGUCUGGAGAUCGUUGACCGACUGAAAGAACUUGGGCUGAUUCGUGUGUAUGAAGAGGCGGGGUUCACUGUUGGUGUGCCGAGCUGUAGUUUCUGUGUAGGUAUUGGUGCUGAUGUGGCUGGUGAAGAUGAGGUGUGGCUCUCGAGCCAGAACCGCAACUUUCGUAACCGUAUGGGCAAGGGGUCCAUUGGUAACCUCAGUUCAGCGGCCGUGGUGGCUGCCUCCAGCUUUGACAUGGAGGUGGUAGACCCCCAGCCAUAUCUUGACAAGAUCAAUAAGGACGACUUUGACAGCUACCGCAACUGGGUCGAGCCGGAUGCUUCGACACCAUCACCGGCCAAGACGACCAAGUCGUACAAGGUGACGGAGCCCAAGCCCGUGCUUGUAUCUGCUGAUGAUGUGGAGAGCGCACAGCAGGCCAAAGAGCAGGCUAGUGUUGCUGAGUUGGAAUCUGCUCUGCCGCCCAAGUUUAGUGGUAAGGUACAAGUAUUCGGCGACAAUAUCGAUACGGAUGCCGUGAUUCCGGCGCAAUUCAUGGGCCUGAACAAAUCAUCACCGCUGUGGCCUGCUGAAUGCGAGACGGAAUUGGACGUGCUAGCUGCCAAGUCAUUCGCGUACGUACGUCCCGAGUUCCCGCAAAAAGUGAAGGACGGUUUCAACAUUAUUGUGGCCGGCACGGCAUUCGGCAGUGGUUCGUCGCGCGAAGAAGCCGCUAUCUGCUUGAAGGCCGUGGGUGUCCAAGCCGUGAUUGCCAAAUCGUUCGCUUACAUCUACGCUCGCAACCAGCCCAACAAUGCUCUUCUAGGUAUUGUAGUGACGGAUGAGAAGUUUCACGAGCUUGCGAGCGAGGGCGAGGAGGUGACGGUGGACCUGCGCAACCGAGUUGUGAGUGUGAAGGACCACCAGGUUGCAUUCUCGCUGACGCAGCUCGAGGAGGCGUUCCUCAACGGUGGUGGUCUCAAAAACCUCUUCAAGCAACACAAGGCAGACCUGUUCCGUGCCGCUAUGCGUGGCAAGGCUUCCAAGCCCAUCGCUUCGAGUGGGGUCGGCUGUGGAGACGAUUGUGGUGGUGAGGCGGCGUCUACUCCGUCAUGGUAG